AUGGUCUUCCGACAAUCGUUGAUAAGACUUUCGGAAAAGUCCAAGUCCAAAUCGGCGUCAUGGGCAUCGCGGCAAUUCCGUGACCCGUAUGUUAAGAAGAGGCUCAGCGACCCUAUGGCAUACAGAGCCAGGUCUGCGUUUAAGUUGCUGGAAAUCAACGACGAAUCUAACAAGUUCUUGGAAUAUCCGGAUGUCAAUGCAGUUGUUGAUCUGGGCGCGGCUCCUGGAGGAUGGAGCCAAGUUGUCGCAGACAAACUGGGAUGGAAUCGCUCGCCACCUGGUUUGAUGCCUCUCUCAAGAAAUCCAGUAACUCCAAAAGAAUCGCAUCCCAUAGAUAAUGGCACGAAGCGCAAGAAAUGGAACUCAAAACGUACAGAAGAAUUGGACUAUUUCGACCCUCUCAACAUUGACAGCCUUGACCCAAAUACCGGGAAUAUGACGGGUCGAGGGACCAUCAUUGCUGUAGACUUGUUAAAGAUUGAAUCCAUUCCUGGUGUCCAAACGCUUCAAGCUGAUUUUUUGCUUUCAUCAACCACACUGGCUAUCAAAAAUCUUUUACGGAGUCACGACAAUCCAGAUGGAAAGGUCGACGUUGUUCUCUCCGAUAUGGCUGCCAACGUGUCAGGCAACAAUGCUCAUGAUAUCGAGGACAGCCUUCAAAUUUGCGAAGCGGUGUUCGAGUUUGCUACAAAUCAUCUUCGAACGGCAGAGAGUAUCGGAAGACGUAGGGGCGGAGUUCUUCUAAUGAAAUUUUUUGCCCACCCACUUCUCGAACAAUUCAAGGACGAUAAACUGAAGCCUAAUUUUAACCACGUCAGCUAUAUCAAGCCGAGUUCGAGCCGUGCGACCUCUAGAGAAGGGUACUACCUGUGCCAAGGGUGGAGGCCAACGCUACCAUAA